UUCCUCUGAGCUGAGGAAGAGGAGGAGGUGGACUGUUCCCUGACAGCUGCUCACUGCUGGUUUAUUUUGGCAUCAUUUUAUCCCUUUAUUCAGCACAUGGACUCAUUGUGAAAUCUUCAACCAUAACCUGCUGCUGCUUCUGUCUUUUAAUUUUUGUUAGUUCCUAGUUUGUAGAAGCAGAAUUUGGUAAAAUGUCACUGACUGUUGCUGAUCUGACCAGAGGAGCCAUGACAGAGUUCCAGGAGAAGCUCCGUCAGCAGCAUGAGGAGUCCAUGCACCGCGAGCUGGAGGCGCUGCUCACCACCGCCAACAAGGCCGAAGCUGAGAUCACCAGAAAAGACUUCGAUGGCUUCAAGAAGCUCUUCCACAGAUUCCUCCAGGUCAAAGGUCCUGCGAUCGACUGGGCAAAGAUCAACCGGCCGCCUGAGGAUUUGAUUCAGCCCUAUGAGAAGAUCAAGGCUAAAGGUCUUCCUGAAAACAUCGCCACCAGCCUCAAUAAGCUCGCUGUGGUCAAACUGAAUGGUGGUCUGGGAACCAGUAUGGGCUGCAAAGGCCCCAAGAGUCUGAUCAGCGUCCGCAAUGAGAACACCUUCCUGGACCUGACCGUCCAGCAGAUAGAGCAUCUGAACAAAACGUUUAAUGCUGAUGUGCCGCUCGUCCUCAUGAACUCCUUCAACACAGACGAAGACACAAAGAAGAUCCUGCAGAAAUACAAACACCACCGUGUCAACAUCCACACCUUCAACCAGAGCAGGUACCCAAGGAUCAAUAAGGAAUCAUUGCUGCCGAUAGCAAAGAACAUGGGGAUGAGCGGAGAGAAUGGCGAGGCCUGGUACCCUCCGGGUCACGGAGACAUCUACGCCAGCUUCCAAAACUCAGGCCUGCUGGACAAGCUGAUCGCAGAAGGGAAGGAGUACAUCUUUGUGUCUAAUAUCGACAAUCUGGGCGCCACCGUCGACCUGUUCAUCCUCCACCACCUGAUGAGUCAGCCGGCUGACAAACGCUGCGAGUUCAUCAUGGAGGUCACCGACAAGACCAGGGCCGACGUCAAGGGUGGUACUCUGAUCCAGUACGAGGACCACCUGAGGCUGCUGGAGAUCGCUCAGGUUCCGAAGGCCCAUGUUGACGAGUUCAAGUCUGUCACCAAGUUCAAGAUCUUCAACACCAACAACUUGUGGAUCUCCCUGCCCGCCAUCAAGAGGCUGCACGAGAAGAACUCCAUGGACUUGGAGAUCAUCGUCAACCCCAAGACGUUGGACGGCGGUCUGAACGUCAUCCAGCUGGAGACAGCCGUGGGCGCCGCCAUCAAGAGCUUUGACAAUGCAAUGGGGGUGAACGUUCCCCGCAGCCGCUUCCUGCCCGUGAAGACGACGUCGGACCUGCUGCUGGUCAUGUCCAACCUGUACAGCCUGGACGCCGGCUCGCUCACCAUGAGCCAGAAGAGAGAGUUCCGCACAACGCCGCACGUUAAGCUGGGCAGCUCCUUCACCAAGGUUCAGGAGUAUCUGACCAGGUUUGAGAACAUACCAGACAUGCUGGAACUCGACCACCUCACUGUGUCCGGAGACGUCACCUUUGGAAAGAGCGUGUCUCUGAAGGGAACCGUCAUCAUCAUAGCCAAUCACGGCGACCGGAUCGAUAUUCCUGCCGGAGCGAUGCUGGAGAACAAAAUAGUUUCAGGAAACCUUCGGAUCCUCGACCACUGAGGCAUUCUGGGAAGAAACAAAGAACCCCAAACCAAAGCCAUUUGCACUGUGGAAGAGGCUUGUCUUUUCCCUCUCCGCUGAUGAACGGCAGGGCUGUUACAGACACAGAAUGUUUGAUUGGGUCACAUUCACAUGUACCUUAAGUUUUAAAGGGUCAGAGGUCAUUGUCCAUCUUCUUCCUGCUGUACCACACUGUCACUCAUUUCAUGAUGCAAAUGAACGUUUUCAGGAGGAAACUCAGUUACUGCAAAUAAACUGCAGUCGUCUUUGCUGAUGUCAAUAAAAGAAGUGCAGUAUGGGUAAAA